CACGACUAAGGUGCAGAAGAAUAAAGCGACGAUGUAAGAUGUGGUGCAAGGGGAGAAUCAGCUUGCUUAAGGCCCAGCUGCAACAAGGUGAGAUCCCCUCGUUUACGGAACCAGAGUCAAAUUCUAUUGAAGACCGGGCCAACAUGGGUAAUCAACUGGGCAAGACCCAUCAGCUGAGCACCAGUGGCCUGCAGGAGGUGAAGAAGCAAGUGGUGCUCAGAGGCAAGAUGAGCAAAUCGCUGAAUGAUAUCUUCCAGUGUGCGGAAGAGCAUUUCGACAGCGAGCCCGACUGCGUGAAGAACAAUGCCAAGAUGACGCUCCACUGGAACGGGGAAUCGCUGGUGUUCGUGUCCGGCAGAGGGGAAUGUGAAAUUGACGUCUUGUAUAAACAGGGCUCUGAGAAACCCAGUUAUGACAUUGUCUCAGAUAGCCUGAAUAACUUUCUAGAGAGGAUGUCGGCUGGCCUGAAUGUCCUGAGCCUCGCAAACCUGGAAGAAGCCCGUUGGAGCCUGGAUGUCUGGGAGGAGACACCCAAGAGUCUGAAAACCUGCUUUGACCGCGCCAUCUGGCACUUCCAGAAGGAGCCUGCAUGCGUGCAGGAGAACGCGAAGCUGGUGAUCCAGAGCAGCGGGAGAAAUCUGCCGUUCAUCUCUGGGGAGGGCGAAUGUGAGAUCAGCGUGUCCUACAGCAAUGGGAAACCGGUCUACACCGUCCAUGAGCCCACAGGGGAGGUUUAUCUGGCACGGCUCGGCACCCGCCCCGCACCUCUGAGCAAACCAAGCCUGGAGUCGGCUCAGAAUAAGUUGAAGUUUUUUGGAGUGAUGACCUGGGAGCUGAGGGGCUGCUUUCAAUAUGCUCUGAAAGUGUUGGAUGAGGCACCUAAACAUGUUCAGGAGAAUGCGCUGAUGCUGCUCGAGACCACCAGUGGCAGGAUGAUGUUCAGAUCUGGGAAAGGGGAGAUUACAAUCACCAUCUCCUCCAAGGACUGGGAAUUCACACAUGACAUCAACAUGUCCAAAAUGAGCUGCUAA